AUGUGGUCAUUCGCACUCCUCACAGCGCUACUUCCUCUGCUGGGCGCAACCAGUCCUGUCCCGGCGACCGAGCUGGCGGCACGAAACAAGAACCCUCCUUAUUACAGGGACCCCGAAUGUCCCGCCGGCACCACCCCAGGCUUCGAAUUCUUCACAGCGCGGUAUGACGUCCCUGCGAAAGAGUUCUACGCCAAAGUGGGCUCGUUCUACGACGAGGUGUGGUAUAUCGGACUGCCGCCCAACCGCACCGUCGGGCCGGACAACACCGUCGGUUCGAUCCGCGAGAUUGACUUUGCAGGCACGAUCCUGCACGAGCAGCUGAUCAAGUACACUGCCAAGCCGACCCUGCUCGAGCUUCAGUGGCACCUGGUCAACGGUCCCAUCAACGUGACGGGUGCCGUGGCCGACGACCCGCCCGAUGAGGUGGUGCUCUUCGGCAGCUACACGGAGGACCUGCGGGUCGAAUCGAUCUGUGCGGGCAAGGCGACGUUUAUCACCUUCACGGGCAGGUACUGCUUCGACAAGCCCGGACCGGCGUACAAGAUCUUCGACGUCGCGCACUCCAGUUCCAUCGAGGCGGUCGCACAGGGGCUGAAUGCGACGUUGAUCCAGGGCAACGGCACGUGCCCUUCCUAG